AGGGACCCUUCUGUGUUUCAGUUUGUGCCCAUUGCCUUUUGUCCUGUCACUGGGUACCACUGGGAAGAGUCUAUCUCUUCGUGUACUCUCCCUUCAGGUAUUUAUAUACGUUAACAAGAUCCUCCCCAACACAUGUCCAGACUAGACAGUCCCAGUUCUCUCAGCCUUUCCUCAUAAGAUUGACGUUCCAGUCCUGUUACCAUCUUUGUCACCCAUUGCUAGACUCCGGUAUGUCCAUGUCUCUUUUGUACUGAUGCUGUUGAGAUGUUGAAUCAGAGGAUCUGGAGGUAUGCCACCUCUCAGUGCCUGCCUAUGCCAUGAGCACAUUCACACUGGGUGCUGGGUGUAGACAGAGUUCCCAGUAGAAGUGUCCAAAGCUCACAAGGCUUCCUUCUAAAACUCAUGCUGUCCAACUUUACUUCCUUUUGGACAGCAGUUGGGCUGCCAGUUUGCUGUAGCCAUUGCUUAUGUAAUUUUUCACCUUGUACUCUUGCUAUUUACCUUUUUAAUCUUGUGAUCUUGCUAUCAGCCUGCUUCUGUCCUGAGAAGGAGCUCUGCAGAGCACAACACAUUUUCACAGUCACUGCAGCAGUGUCAUCACAGCUUCUUGGACUGUCGACAAUUAAAAUACCCAUGAACUUUGUGGUUAAUCACCUCUUCCCACUAAUGACUGGUCAUAAGACAUCCCUGAUCAGUCUUUGCUUUGGCAUGGAGGGAAGCAGAUCAGAAACUUCUGCAGCCGAAGAGAAUGAGGAAAUAAUUUAUACGUCUGUCAGAUUCUCUCAGACUCCUCUGCCUAGGACCAGUGCUGCACGGGAAAAAAGAGCUCCCUGUCUGUGGCCAGAAGUUGUGCCAAGCUUGGCUAUAGGCUUUGGGAUACUGAGCAUCUCCCUAGCGACUGCUUUGAUAUGGAAGAUGAGUAACUGUCAGCCACGCUGCCCUGAGCAGUGGGUCGCCUACAGAGGGAGCUGCUACUCCUUCUCCAAGCAGAAGAAGGACUGGCAUUCCAGCCGGCAGUCCUGCGAGGCACAGGGAGCUCAUCUCCUAGUGAUCAGUGAUACUUGGGAAAUGGAGCUGUUCAAGAGUAUUCAACCAGAAUGUUUCUGGAUUGGACUGAGGAACAGCACAGGCUCUGGAUGGAUUUGGGAAGAUGGCUCUAUAUUCAAUGGCACCAACAUCCUCUCUAACAGCCCUGUGCAACAUUGUGCUGUCCUGAUGAAAGAUCACUUCCAGGCCUCCAGCUGUGAAUUUGCUGCUCCAUGGAUCUGUGAGAAGUCUCUUAGAUAAAUCUCAUGUGCAUUUUCAUCUCAUGAUCAUUUCCUCAGUGGUACAAGUGGAUCAUUGUCCUGCAAACCAAAGGUCUACACAAGACCAAGGAUUUGCCUCUCACACCUCACAAAGGUGUUUUGCAGGGACGGGUUUGUUGCCCAUAAUGGUGAGUUAUCAGCAGCAGUAGAUCCAUUUUCAAUCAACAUGUGUUGGCUUACUGCUAUUUAUGACCACAUGAGACCUGGAACAUAUUCCCUGGCCUAGUCUUUGCCUUGUGUGUCCUGUAAGGGCAAACAAAAUUUUUGUCACAAAAGAUGCUGGGUCUUCAGAUCUCUGAGGGUGAGCUUGCCAUUCCUCCAUUCCUGAGCAUCAGAUUUCGUUUCCAUUCCCUGCAUCUCCAUUGUCUGGUGCUAGCAGGACUGGGAAAAUGAAGCCUGGUUUCCAGUGCUGAAAACAUAUAAACAGACUUCUACCAGUGGCAGCCUCUCAUUUUGCAUUCCAGUACUAUGAGUAGGAGAGAAGAAAUGAGACUUCAACUCCUGUAAAUCCAUCAGUGAAAAUAAACUGCUAGUACUGCAUUGGACCAAAAGUA